UCAUUUUCACUGGAAACCCGGAACUCUGUCAUGCAGCUUUAUGCCUGCUCUCCUGACGCAUGGAAUCUCCGUCGUCCCUGCGUGUAGAUUUCCUUUCAGGUGCCCAUCUCAGGCUGUAAGUGCUCCCAGGCUCACAUGAUUCAUGGGGCAGCGGUCGUGCCCUUCUCAGCUCUCAAUCGUACUGGGAAGAUCUGCGUAGCUGCUGGUACCACCUGAAGUAAAUUUGGAUGUGGUUGUCAUCUGCAGCGUCAGAGACUCUUCUUGUCCUGAGACUAGCAAUUAAGGCAGCGGUUCCGUUCUUGCCUUCUUCCUGUCAUCUGGGUGAAGCGUGAAGCAGAAGAUUUUACGGCAAAUGAUAGGUGGAGAUCUUUUAUCUUCACCUGACAAGGUGGAUGAUGGUGUCUAUCCGAUGUAUUUUGGCGUCGCGUGCUCUUUCCUUGCUCUUCGACUCAUGUCGAGGACCAGAGAGCUCCGGUUGGAGCACGUCAGGUGGUCGAUCGUCGGAGAAAUGAUGCUCAAAGGGAGCGCCCAGCUGUUGGGAUUGCUCGUGGAGAGAGCUCAAAGGAAGGGAGAGGCGUUGGAGGCGAAGCUAAGGGAAGCCGGAUCGGAAGUCGCAGAGCUGAAGCGGAGGAGGACCGAAGACGCAAAGGCCAACGAGAAGGUAGUCAGCAUCUUCGCCGCUCGUGAACAUAGCUGGAUUGCCGAGAGGAGGAGCCUCCGGCAUCAGAUCCAAGCCCAGCUAGGUGAGAUGUGCGUCCUCAGGUCGAGCAAUGAAGAGGCCGUCUCGAAUCUAAAGAAGAGACUCGAGGAGGAGGAGGAGAGACUGGUGGUGACUAUGAAGGAGUCAUUGGAGGAAGAAGCAAAGAGAAGAAAAGAUUUGGAGAUGAAGUUGAAAUUGGCUGAACAAGCGGCAGAAGAAUUGAGCGAGGGGCUUAAGAAGGAAGCACAGGCCCACUCGGAGGAACUCUGGAAGCAUAAAGCCACCUUGAUGGAGCUUCUAUCGAACCAAUGCCGAAUGGAAUCCGAGAUGGGCCACGCCCUCGGACAAGUUGAGGUGGCAAAGGAGAAGCUCAAGGGGGCAAUUCAACAAAAGGAAGAAGCCGAUGCAAUGGUUGAGAAGCUCUCUGGGGAUGUCGCGAAGAUCCAAAAGGACCGCGAGCAGAAAGACAAAAUCUUAUCCGCGAUGCUAAGGAAAUCUAAGCUUGACACAGCAGAGAGGCAGAUGCUGCUAAGAGAGGUCAAGGCAUUGAGAGCAAAGCAGAAACAGGCCGAAGUAGAGAUGGAGAGGUGGAGAAAAACGUGGGAAUCGAAGCACAAGAGGAGCUCGAGAGCUUUGCGGUCUGUGGAGGCAGGGUGCUCUCAAGAACGAAGGGCGCGGCUGCAGCUGGAGAGUAGGCUACAUAACCCCAAGAAUCUUCUGAUGGAGUACUUGGAAGCUGAGAGCAGGAGAGAUCACUCCUCUUCGACUUGCAAGAGUUUGGAUCUUUACUCAACUGACAGAAAUGAUGAAACUGAGAUUCUUGAGGACGAGUUCCAACAGCUACAAGACUGGGUUCGAACCGGAACCGAGAAGUACGCAGCCAUCCUUGAGCAAAGACAUCAUGCAGAGAUGGAAGCUUUCACAGAACAGAUGAGGCAAACGGACGAGAAGCUUGAAGCUCUGCAACGUCAGAUGUUGAGCAAGGAGCUGGAGACGAAGAUGCUCCAGUCUCACAUCGAAGGAGUCGAUGGGAAUCUAUCCCACCUCAGGGAGGAAAACAUCAGAUUGGAAGCCAAGCUGUUGGAUAAGGAAAAGGAGGCGAAGCGAUUGAAGGAGCAACUCAGCUUCCUUCUUCAGCAGUACCAGAAGAGCAACCUACACUGUUCUCCCAGUCCCGACGCUGGUCAACAAAAGAUCAAAGAAAGGAAGUCAAGGGAGAAGGAGAAGGAUUCAAAGGCCCACAAAUCGGACGCAAAAACACCGGAGAAGAAUAGUCUGAUGCAGUUGGAAUCAAGUAAAGACAGUGGAAUUAACACCAGUACUAAUUCUACUAGUUCACCGUCACAAACCAGUCAUGUUCAGGAACAUGACAGACACCGCACCGGUAAACUAUCUGCAGAACAGCCAGAAAGAGUGAAGGAGAAUCCACUGCAGGACCAAACUGAGAUCAAAGAAGUGAAGGAUGUAGGUGUGGAUCCAGGUAAUGCUAACGAGGCAAACAGCUCGCAAGGAGAUGCUGCAAUUUCCGACGAGUUGUCAUCCACCAAACCAUCGAUUGCAAAGGAGGAAUCUUCCUGGAAGACAGAUAUCCAUGCUCUUGGAGUGUCCUACAACAUCAGAAGGCUGAAGCAGCAGCUACUUGUUCUCGAGAAGUUGGCUGGAUUACUGGCAAGCAAACAGUUGACAGCCAUGGAUGCUCUAACUGUUGGAUCUAAUGACAGAAAGAUCGAUGAGAACAAGCAAAAGAUGAAGGGGUUCUCCCUGACAAAAUCUUUGCUCAACAAACAAGUGAAAAGAUAUCAGUCACUCGAAGAGAAGACCGAUGAUUUGUGCAGGAGAAUGCAUGACACUUACAGAUCAGGGAGCAGAAGAGACUCACAAGGUAGCAGGACAAGGGAACAAACCGAAACGCUCAAGUGCUACCUAGAAGAGACAUUUGAGCUACAGAAGUAUAUUGUGGCGACAGGACAAAGGUUCAUGGAGAUACAGUCGAAGAUCAACUCUAGCUUUUCUGGAUCUGAUGCGCAUGACAAAUCUAUAGGCUUCAACUUGAGGCAAUUCGCAGACAUCAUAAGAACCAUAUUUAGGCAAGUACAGAAAGGUUUGGAGGUGCGAGUUGCCCGAAUAAUAGGUGAUCUUGAGGGGAAGCUGACAUGUGACAGCAUUCUUCGGAGGUGAACAGCCAGCAAUGGACAUGAGAGACAUAAAGAUGAACCAAAACAUCUCUCUUUUGUUUGCUCUUUUCUUUCCUUUUUGCUGCUCAAAGAUACGCAUCAUUUGAUGUUCUACUGUUGGGAGCAUGAGAAGUAGAGGUUUGAGUAAAUUGCCUUCUUAAUGAUGUUUAUGGCAUCGC